GCACGCCACAACAAAGACCUCCUCCACCUACUCCACCACCGCGCAGGAUGAACGGUAACGGCGACGAGGAGUACGUCUCUGACCAAGAAUGGGAGUUGCGCACAGGUCGAGCAAUGGACAUCCUCCAACAAACUCUCCCCAACUUCUUCAACACCGGGCUCGUCUCAACCAAUUACCACCUGCCUUUACAUAUACAUAGUAUACUAGGCGGGAAUAUCGCUCUUCCGUCCUUGUCCUUAUCGAAGGGUAAAGGUAAAGCAGCAGCAAACGAACAACACGAUUCAUCAUCAGAGACUCAUAAUGAGGAGGAGGGAGGUAUCUACGCUCGUACAAUUCGUUUGGAAUAUACCCCUCCAGUUGCGCUUCCAGCUCCGUUCCCUCGGGUUCUCGGCGUAGAAGGCUUACCGCUAUACGUCGCAUCCUCCAUCUUCGUCCGCCACGCAAUGCACGCAAUCUAUUCCGACCUCGCCGUCUCCAUGCAUAAAGUGCAAAUUCGCUCGGGACCUCAACAACAGUCUUCCUCUCAGUCUGGUAGUUCACCUCCCAGCUCGUACUCAGAGUCAGAGUCAGAGUCAGAGUCAGAGUCAGAGUCACUCCCGACUCUCACUCCGGGGGAGGAUGCACGGAAUUCACAACCAAAACAUCGACGCGAACGCGCAAUAACAAUCGGCCUACUCGUCUCAGGCGUCGGUCGACUAGGCCUAAGCAACGAGCGUGCAGAAUGGGAUGUAACCUCCACAUACACAUUCUCCCCCCAAACAGGCCUAAUCACCCUACACACCGUCAACGCCAUCCACCCCGAACCAAGCGAAACCGUCUACGCCGCUUUCCAAAGUGCACUAUCCACCCUCGGGUCCGGGUUUGUGGGUCCUGCUGCCGGAAGUCGGAAGGGUGCGAUGAACGUUGGUGUGAACGUUAACGUUAACGUCGAGAGUGGGAGAUCGGAUCGUUGAACUGGAAAUCGGAAAUUGGACUGUCUUUCUUUUCUUCAGCCUCUGCUGGUAUAAUAAGUUUGAUAAGUACAUUAUUUUAUAAAUGCACCCCAACUCAACGGACUUGCUCUUGCUGCUGUGUACUUCAUAGUAUGUUUGUCCCAUCGUAUCGUCCAAUAAUUCAAUAAUAUUGGGUAAUCUC